AUGGCGACAUCCAUACCGCUCUCAGUCAAGAACCAGGUUCCCGUCACGCCUCCUCCGGACUUCCAUAUGUUCAUGAAGGAGCCUCCGCCUCCUCAUUUUUCGAACCCCUUCGCCAGCGGGAUCCGUCCGACACAAGGAGUAACAAACGCCACAACACCACAAAACCCGUUACACCCGCCGCACCAACCGCAACGGCCACAGUCAUCACAGCAGCCCUCCCAAGCCUCGCCUAGUUUAGGCCCGUCUGGCGGCGCGACGGCCACGUCAACGAAGCCCCAGCUGCACGACGACCCAAUCACAGCAGCCGCAGGCGCAGCCACAGCCACAGCCGCAGCCGCCAUGGGCCAGUUCGACCCCCGCUACGUUGCCAUGGCCUCCCGCAUCGCGGCCUACUACCAGCAGCGGUGCCAGGCCGUGGCCAGCUUCCAGCAGCAGCGGUGCCAGGCGUGGGCCAACGCGCAGCGCCAGAAGUGCCAGGAGAUGAUGCAGGCGGCCACCGUCAUCGUGGCCUGGUACAUCCGCGACCGCAUCCAGCGCCGGCGGAAGAGGCAGAGACGGGCGUUCAGGCGCGGGUUGAAGGCUCGGACAGCUUCGGCUGCUGCUGCUGCUGCUGCUGCUGGCAUGUCUAGAGAGCCCGGAGGCGGAUGCGGAGGAGGAAAAGGAGGAGGUGGUGGUGGUGGUGGGGGGGUUACGAAGGGCGACAAGGACGUGCCGCUGGAUAAGGAGGAGGCGGACUUCGAUAUGGACCGCGAGGUGCCGGCUGAUAAGGACACGCAGCUGUUCAACGUGGCGGAUAAUCUGAUCAAGAGCCACCUGGCCAGGAUUGAUGUGCCGCUGCUCGGGGUGCUGUCAUUUGAUGAGAGCGAGACGGAGAGCGAGAGUGAGAGCGAGGUGGAGGAGGAAUUCAUGGAUUAUGAGGAGGAUGACGGCGGGGAAGACGAGGACGACGGGGAGGAGUAUGACGAGGACGAUGAUGAUAUCGUCGGUGGGGGGGUGAAGGAGAAGGAGUUUGCUUCUACUUCUCAGGCUGCGCAGCCGGGAACCAUUGCUAAGGGGAGCCGGAAGCGAUCCAGGAGCUCUGUUUCGUGA